GAUUUAUUUUGUUGUUCAUCCAAUGAAAUAAGAACCAAAAAACAACCCCACCAUCAACGGACCUUUUGAUCGAUCAAGGAAUCUCAUCUUUCAGUCCGAACAGAUUGAUAGCCGUUGGAUUUGAUGACUCUUAUUUUGACAUGUCACCGGCGUUAAUAGACCCUGGAGUAGCAGCUUCUUCAGCACCUUAUGGUCAGGUUUCUUAUGUUCCUUUUGCAUUGAAUUCGUUUGGGUCUUUUUCUGUUCAUCGAUCGGAAUCUUCACUAGAAACAAUGAACCCAUCUUCUAUUUUUGGUUUUGGAGGUGAUUUUAAUUCUGGGUUUUCGAAUUCGACCCCGAAUAAUCCCGAUUUUAGCUUCAAUACGCCUUCCUCACAACGACCAUCGGCCGGCCAUGCUAGACCAAGGCUUGUCAAAAUUAGAAAGCAAUUGAAUUCCGGUAAUUUGAAAUCUUCAGGCAGUUUAGAAACUCGGGUAGGACCUGGUUUCAAUCCGUUUCCGCCUGUUUGCAAUGUUCCCGGCCGUAUCCCAUCCGAUGGGAGUAAUUUGGGUGGUAACUUAGAGUUAGAGGGAGGAGUUGCGGAGGAAAUGAGAAGUUUGAGAAUUGGGAAGAGUUUUGGUUUAAAUGAUCAAAGUUUAGUUUCGAAGCUUCCGGAUGAUAUAAGGAACUUGAACAUCCAUGAUGGUUCUAAGAGUGAUCAGAGCAAUGAGAAUGAUAGCAAUGUAGGUAGUUAUGUUGGAAGAGGUGUGGAAAGCGAAAACUUCUGAAUGAGUUGCAGAGCAAGUUGAAUAUUAACAGCAGUGAGGAUGUCAAUGGUGGGAGUAAGAAGGUAUUUACAGGCAGAAAAGGUA